AAAAAAGAAAACCGGUGCAUGCUUCGUAGUAAGUAGUUUUGCGUUAGCUACGCGUGGUUAACCUGUUUGGGUUUAGUCUCGUUUUGUAAUGAUAUUAGUAUUUUACUAAACAUUUAUUUGCGGAACAACCCCCGUGUGUACGUGUAUGGAUUUUCCGAGGUCGACGUGUAAUUAAAAGAAUCCAGGUAACGUUGCCAGAAUGCCACUACAUGGAAAGAUAGUCGUGGUUAAGCGGACUGGAGGAGAUGGCACUGAAUUUCCUCUUACUGCAUCGUGCUUGUUUGGAAGGAAAGCUGACUGUGACAUUCGUAUUCAGCUUCCCCAAGUCUCUAAGGAACACUGCAGAAUUGAUUUGAAUGAAAAUAAAGAGGUUAUUUUAACCAAUCUGAGCUCAGUGAACCCGACCCGUGUCAACGGGGAGGCGCUACAAAAGCCUGAGCGUUUAAAGGGUGGAGAUGUCAUAACCAUUGUCGAUCGUUCUUUCAGGUUUGAGUACGCUCCGCCUCCCACACCGAAGAAAUUUGCCAAAGGGAGCAAACCCGGAACCCCCAACCCCCAUCUAAAAGAUGGAACCAACCGCGGCAUCCAGCGGUCACUGGAGCAGGCUAAGGGGGAGGACCCCAAGGGAGAUGGUAAAGUGCAGCAAAGCAAGACGGCGUCUCCUUUUAGUGAUCUCUAUCAAAUGAUCAGAAAAUCUCUGGAUGUUAAGACCCCUCAGAAAUCUUCCGCCACCUUCCUCCAGACCCCGAGAAAUAGCAAUGUUUCCACAAAUCAAAACACAUCAACGGUGGCCGAGGCCGAAGUCUCUAAUGGCGAAGCCACAGCAGAGACUAAGAGUACGAUUGUCACCCCGAUGUCUGACAAAAAGCGUAAGAGUUGCCCUCGGGUUCUUGUCUCUGAUGUGGUGACUCCAGGUACAGAAAAUCUCAAGUCUGAAGUGAGCUCGCUGCAGACGGGUCAGAAUGUCAAUACUCAGAAGUUGAGAAGCAGUGACGCGGUUCAGCAAAUUUGUACUCCAACACCCAAGUCGCCUAUGAGACGUAGGAGUAAGGAAGUCACACCGACCCAGCAUGACGAAGUGAUGCCGAGUCCACGAAACAAAAAUUCACCACGAACCACUGGAAAAGGAGUCCCAAGAAAACGCAAAAGUGAAGAGCUUUUGCUCGAUCUGCCGGCAUCACGGAUGAAAAAGAAACGCGUUUCUUUUGGAAGCUCCCUUGUUCCCGAGUUGUUUGACAAAAAAUUGCCCCCCGAUUCUCCCUUGCGUAAAGGCGAGAAUCCAAGAAGAAGCUUCUGUCUUGCUCAAGCCAAACAAUCACUGCUGAGACGAGCGUCAGUCAUCGGCCUGCCAAAUGGGGCUGAAAGUCGUGCAAAGAAGAGCUCUAGAUCUCCUAAAACGCCUGUCAAAAACUCUCCAAAGGGAAAAUCCCCAUCCUCCAAAGAGCCAUCUGCUUUAAAGAAGACUCCAAAACCCAGGACACCUUCUCCUCGUAGUACACCUUCUCCUCGUAGUAAGUCGCCAAAUUCGGCCCAGGCUUCUUCAAAAGAGAAAUCUCCCUCUGUGAAGUCACCAAAACCCAACACACCGACCUCCGGCAACAAAUUGGAAACGCCUUUGCCCAAGGGCUCAACUAACAAGGAAACACGCACCAGUGUGAAAAGGAUGUCCCCCAGGCCUACCCCUCAGGAAAAUGUCAACCAAAAAACACCCCAGGGCUCCCAAAAGAAGCUUCCAUCCUUGAAAGGACGGUUUUCUGUGUCUCGCAUCAAAACCCCGUCACCGAUUGCCGAAGACGCCGCCGCCAGUGAUCCGGUGCAGUCUGUCACGGCGACACCCAAAAUCCCUUUGAGAAGGAAGAGCAUGAAGAGAAAGUCAUGCAAGACUCCCUUGACUAACAGUGCCAUUAAAUUCUUAAGAAGAAGCGGCAUUUCCCGAGCAUCGCUGAAAGCUCCAAUGUCUUGGGCUGACACUGUCAAGUUCGGCCGCGCCAAAGUUCAAGCGCCCGUGCCUGUUAGAAAUGCAGUCACAAGUACUGUCACGACAAAAAGGAUUGCGAAGAAGACGGCGGCCACAGCACAGACUCCGCUAAGAAAGCAGCCGGGCCAUGCGAGCACCGGACAUGCCGACUCGCCUGCUACCUUUGUUGUGGGCCGAGCGUUCACGCAGAAAGUUCCGCACCCAGUUGCCGCUGCACCAAAGGUCAUCUUCAACACGGCAAUCUCAAGGGAAAAAAUGAAUACGGAUGAGGAUUUGUCAGGAAUCUCGGAAAUGUUUAAAACGCCUUCAAAAGAGGGCAAGAGAAGAUCGGAAGUCAACCGUAGCAGCUCCGUGACGGCUCCAUUGAUACUUAAUGAACAACCUGGAUUCGAUCCUUCUGUGUUGAACACUCCCGAGGAGCCAGGUGAGAUGGCCGUGUCGCCGCUCUCUCUCGGAUCGACGGUAAAAGUGGGCCGAUACAACAAAGAGGCGGUGAAACGCCUACUUAAUGGCAGUCAAGACUCCAGCUUCAUCAGUGGUGCCUCAUCUAUGGAGAUGAUGACCGAUUUUGCCGAACAGCCAAGCACCGAAAUGAAGACGAGUGCCGUAACAACCCCGAAGCAGAAGUUGCAGCUCCCAGAGUGUCUCACAGGUGUGAGGAGACUCCUGAAGACCCCAAAACAGAAGGCUGAACCUCUGGAGGAUCUGAGAGGGAACCUCCUGAAAACACCAAAGCAGAAGAAAGCUGAGCAACAAGAAUGCUUCACUGGAGUCAGAAGAAUUUUCACCACUCCAAAACAGAGUGAAGCCAAUGACCUACAAGAGAAAGUCCUCAAAACAGAAGUUGCCGAUGCUUCCUUCAGUGGGGUGGUAAACCUGCCGGAGACACCGACGAAAGCCUUGCUGGAGCUACCAGCGACAGCUGAAGAAAUUCAAGAGCCGUCAACUCUUAAAGUGACCAGCUCCCCUGCGGAAUGCCUCUCGGCUAGCAAGAGAAUCAUGAAAACACAGAGGCAAAGACACGCUCCCGUUGAAGGCCCCCUCGGAAUCGACAGGCUCAUGAAGACUCCCAAAGUGCGAAGUGAACCGGUGGAUGAGCACUUUGGCAUCAAGCGGCUCAUGAGGUCACCCAGACUGCGGGGUAUUGAUCCCGUGGAGGACUUUGAGGGGCUUCAAGAGCUCAUGGAGGAACCUGCUGAGUUUAGAGAUCAGCUUGCGAGUCGUGAGAUGGACGUAGCAGAAGGUACGGUACUUUCUGUCCAAGCACAGGACAACAGUUCAGCAGGUGUGAGCGCUUGUCAAACGGACAUCACAAAAGCAGAGAUACCUGAGAUUUUAGCAGCGGUUCCAACCGUUAGUUGUGAGUCUUCUGAAGUUUCCGGAGUGACGGAAAUGGACACGGCCUCCAUCGACUCAACCAAACCCAAGAAACCUGUCCGUGGCAGAAGAGCCAAAGCGGCAGAACUGGUGAUGGUGGAACCAUCUCAGGAACCUGUUGUCUCUGCUCCUGUCAGAGGAAGAAGGGGGAGAAAAGUAGAGCCAACUGAACCACCCGCUGAAGAACCGAAAGCUGCCCCCAAGCCUAGAAGAGGAAGAUAUGCUAAAGAAAUCGAGGCUGCCGCCGAAGCUUUGCCAGAGCCCAAAGGUUUAGAUGUCAAGGAACUUAGUGAUGACCAACCGGAGCAGAUGGCAACUGAACACCAUGAAACGAAAGCCAUAAAUUCCAAUGAGAGUUUGCAACAAGUGGAGACUGCAGCAGAGGAAGACGUCCCUGUUGUUCAAAAGAAGUCUGUUCGGGGGAGAAGAGGCAAACCGGUGGAAGAAGAGGUCCUCUCUGCUCCAAUCAGGGCCGUAAGAAAGACGAGAGCUCAAGCAACCGCGCCCACCGCGGGGAAGCAAACUACCAGAAGUAGGAAGACAAAGGCAGAAACUUGUGACGCUCUGCCUGAAAUAGUGCCAGAGAAAGAUGCGGUGACCGAAACUUCAGAAACUAACACCAGCCAAGAGGAUUCCAAGACUCCCGCAGAGAACUCAAUCGUGAAGCCUAGCCGGGGCAGGAAAAUGAAGCAAGUGCCCAUUGAUCUAACCGAGCCAGGAGAAAUAUUUGACAUGGAACAAGCUCCGCUACCAGCACCCACGAACAAAAAAGGAAGAGGCAGGAAAGUCAUCGCUGAGACGGUUGAGCCAGAAGAACUCAAAGUCACCUCUGAGGAAACAGAUACUCAGUCCAAGCCUCUUGCCAGAGGAACCAGAGGACGAAACGCCAAGCGCGAAAAAGAGCUCGAGCAGACUUCCAUGGUAGCAGAGCCUGGAACCCUGCAGCGUACAAAAACUUUGAGGAGUGGCAGAAAGGUUGAGAAAAAUGUUGAUGGAGAAAAUCUUAACCCAGUUGAAGCAGAAGCGCCACAGGCUUCUGAACCAGAGCAGAUAAGUCAACCUGCUUCUGCAAAAACAAAACGAGCCGUGCGAAAACCAAAGCAAGCGGCACUUGAGCCUCCUCCCGCAGAAAAACAAGAUGACCCAAUUGAGACACCAUCCAAAAAAUCCCACAGAAGCAGCAGAGCAAAACCUGCCGAAGAUGCUCCCAACUCAGAGGUGCCAGAAGAUAAAACGGAAGAUGAACACAAGCAACAAAGGGGGAGAAGAAUAAAAACCAGUUUGAAAGAUGACGUGAAACAAGCCGUUCCGGUUAAGAGAGUGCGACGAGGGCUGGCCUCUGCCUGCGAGGAGGCCCAAAAAGCUCCAGUGACAGUUCCAGAGUUAGCUCCAGCUUCAGUAGAACCAGUCAAAAGGGAGAGACGGCCAGUUGCUAAAUCCUCAACAGAAUUGGCUGCAAUUGACAAAAAACAGUCACGUGCCACCAGCCAUUCAAACGCCACUGUGCAAGAACCACAAAAAACAGUGAAAUGGAACAUGGAGGUCCAAGUCCAAGAGAUCCCUAAAAGAUCCACGAGAGUGGUCAGAGGCAAGAGGUCAAGCCCUGGUGUGCACACCGAGACGCAAAGCCAGAGUGAGUCUGAAAAUGCGGAUAAAACUGAAGAUGACCUCCCAGAAAAAGCAGUGGAGCCUCAGCCUGCCAAGAGAGCUAGGCGAGGGGCAAAGGUCGCAGAUGAGUCCCCCAGCAAGGUCAACACUGAUGAGACGGAGGCUCAGCCGAAAAACAGAAGAGGAAGAUCAGCUAAGAAAUGAGUAAAAGCGGUAGAAAUGAGCACCUCUGUUUAGAGCAAUUUUUCAGAAUGAGUUCUUUUUUUUUAACCUUAAGUCUGUUUUAGUUGGCACUAUUAUGUCUUAUGUUGAAUUUUUAUGAGGAAAAGUUAAGCAUUGUGUUUUGUUGUCGUUUUUAACAGCAGGGAAUUUAAUUAAAUUACGUUUCAAGGGUAUUUCUGUCAUGACAUGAUUUUGAGCUGUGUUAUAAUUGUGGCAGAAAAUAAAAUUGCAUUUUUGUGUAUUUU